AUGAGUCCACCAGUAUUGACGACGACCGCAGCUGCCACGCCUAUGACAUCCCGACCCAAAUUCCGCCGAAGCCAUUCGCAUCAGGGCAGUAAUGACUCGUUGACAGGAGUGUCAGGUUUAGAAUCGACCAAUAACGACGACGAAACGCCCCAUGUCAACUUUUUUCUCGACAAUCGGCUGCCAGUCGAGUACUUUAAACAGGAUAUUGUCAAAUUAGCACAUGGUCUGCGUAUUUCCAGAUGGAAACGUGUCGAACUGGCCAUGGCUAAUGAUAUUAUAGUAUCGAGAAUCUCAGGAGCAUUAACCAACGCAGUUUACUCAGUCGACCCACCUCCUUAUCUCAAAGAUCAGAUCAAGAAGAGUUAUAAGAGCGAUGGCACCAACCGAACUUAUCAUACCAAAGUUCCACAGCGGAUUCUAUUAAGAGUAUAUGGACCCCAAGUGGCACAUAUCAUUGAUAGAGAGCAGGAACUGACAACAGUUGCAAGACUUUCGGCGAGAAAUAUCGGACCAAGAUUGCUGGGAACGUUUCAAAAUGGCCGAUUUGAACAGUUUUUGCAUGCCAAACCACUGACCAAGAACGAUAUUCGAGACCCUGACGUUAGUGUACAGAUUGCUAAACGAAUGAGAGAAUUGCAUGAUAAUGUAGAAUUAUUAGAAGACGAGCGAGCAAAGGGGCCUGGAGUAUGGCUUUCGAUUGAUAAAUGGAUGGUUCGUGCGGGAGAGAAGUUGAAAGAGUUGGAAGCCAGUCAGCCAGGAGCCGCUCAAAAGUUAUUACAAUGUGCCGACUGGACAGAGUUCCUGACCAUGGUCCGGAAAUAUAAAGAGUGGAUCACUGAGAAGUACGGUAAAGACCAGAUUAUCAAGGAGCUUGUAUUUGCACAUAACGACACUCAAUACGGCAAUAUUCUUCGAAUCGAGCCUCCUAAAGGUUCACCGCUGCUGAUGCCACGAAACGAGCAUCGACAAUUGGUUGUAAUUGAUUUCGAGUAUUCGAGCGGCAACCCGCGAGGAUUCGAUAUUAGCAACCAUUUCUGUGAAUGGAUGUCUGAUUUCCACGAUCCCGAGAGACCGUAUCAUAUACAUCAUGACAAGUACCCGACGCUGAAAGAACGCAUGAACCUGAUUGAUAGCUAUGUCGAGCAUGGCUACGACGACUUUGACCACGAAGACCAGAUGGAAAAAGAGGCCAAACAGCUGUUACAAGAGACUAUUGACUGGCGUCCGGCCGUCAGUGCUUACUGGUGUAUCUGGGGAAUAGUUCAAGCAGUCAUCGACACCGACGAGGAUCUUCAUCUGCGAGAACAGAAAGACAUUGCCAACGGCUCGUACAAAUUCCAGACCGGCGACAGCACCACCGACUCGCCAUCUCUCGACAUGGAGGUCGAAGAAGAAGAAGACGCCGUCUUCGACUACAUUGCAUACUCGACCGAAAAGGCCCAACUCUUCUGGACCGACAUGAUCAAUCUCGGCCUCCUCCCUGCCUCCGAAUACAAAGGCACCCUCAAACCCAUGCCACUCCUAGAAUAA